UGGUGCAGUACUUAGUGGGCGGAGCGAUGUAUAAGAAGUUAUAUAUUUGUUGUGCGCUGCUAAAUUAAUCUACAAUUGACAAACGUUUGUUGCAACUUUUUUGACGGUGAGUUGGAGCAACGGCGUAAACGCUGGCGCCUCACGGUUAGUACGGGGAGUUUUCUCUUGCACGACCACCUUGAGGUAAUCAGUAACUGGAUCGACUCGAGCUGCACGUCAGUAUCUGAUCAUUUUAAAACAUGGUGCAAAACAAGAUCACUGAGAUCAAAGGAUUCCACUGCUCUUUUAAGGGUCGAAACCCUUUCAUGACUCAUGAAUUUACAGAAUCAGAAUCCCAUCUUGACUCAUCCUUAAAGUUUGACUGCCCACCAAGACCAGACGUGCAAUCCAGCCAGCCAAUCGACAUCCCGGAUGCUAAGAAGAGAAACAAGAAGAAGAAAAGGUGCAGAGCCACGGACAGUUUCUCUGGACGUUUUGAAGAUGUUUACAAAUUGCAAAAUGAGGUUCUUGGGGAAGGGGCUUAUGCUGUCGUACAGUCCUGCGUAAAUCUGAUUACCAAUAAAGAAUAUGCAGUUAAGAUAAUUGAGAAGAGGCCGGGGCACAGUCGCAGCCGUGUCUUCAGGGAGGUAGAAAUGCUCUAUCAGUGCCAGGGCCACAGAAAUAUUUUGGAACUGGUGGAAUACUUUGAAGAAGAAGACAAAUUUUACUUAGUCUUUGAGAAACUGAGAGGCGGUUCUAUCUUGACGCACAUACACAGAAGACAACACUUUAAUGAACAAGAAGCUAGCAUAGUGGUGCAGGACAUCGCCAGUGCCCUAGACUUCCUGCACAACAAAGGGAUGGCACAUCGAGACCUUAAGCCAGAGAACAUCCUCUGUGAACACAGUGACAGGAUUUCACCAGUGAAGAUUUGUGAUUUCGACUUGGGUAGUGGGAUCAAAUUGAACAGCGACAGUUCACCCAUCUCCACCCCGGAGCUCUUGACUCCUUGUGGUUCAGCUGAAUAUAUGGCCCCUGAGGUGGUAGAGGCCUUCAAUGAAGAAGCUAGUAUCUACGACAAGCGAUGUGACUUGUGGAGCCUUGGUGUCAUCCUUUAUAUCAUGCUGAGUGGAUACCCGCCCUUUGUGGGUCACUGUGGCACAGACUGCGGUUGGGACUGGGGAGAGCCUUGCCAAGCAUGUCAGAGUAUGCUAUUUGAAAGUAUUCAAGAAGGUAAAUAUGAGUUUCCAGAAAAGGACUGGGCACGCAUCUCACCUGCAGCCAAAGACCUCAUCUCCAAACUGUUGGUGCGGGAUGCCAAAGACCGCCUCAGUGCAGCUCAAGUGCUGCAGCACCCAUGGGUCAAUGGGUGUGCACCCAAUACUGUGUCUGCAUCUAUACUACAUCAGAGGGGCGGCCGUGCUCAAGACCUGACGUUCUUUGCCGGUCAGGCUGUUGCCAUGAACCGUCAACUGUCUGAGAGGGAAGAAAGUGAGGAACAGCUGCAGCUAGAGAAGAAGCUCUCCUCCCCCUGUCUCCUUUCCAGCAGCUCCAUGAUGCUGUCUCCUUCCUCCAGGUCCAAGCUGGCCCUCCGCAGGAGAACUGCAGGGAGCCAGCACAGAGGGCCGGUGUGCGCAGCCGAUCUCCGCCAGCUCCUUGCCCCUCUUGUAAUCGUGGGCGAUUGUGCCUGACCUCUGGACUUCGUAUAUGCUCUCAAGGCUUCUGUUGGAAUUUUCAGCUAGGCAUUGUGGUGACCUCUGACCCCUCUACCCACUCAGUUUUGUGGAUCGUAAGCUCUUGUGGGAGGAAUUCUCAUGUUUGUAGCACUUAAAGCACAUGAACCUAAAAGGUCCCCUGCGAGCAUAGUUUUGGUUUGGGUAACGGCUGCCGUGGCUGCAAAUAGGUAAUUGUUCAUGUCUGAGAAUCCCAGGAUUCUGCUGAUGUAACAUUCCCAAACUAAAUUUAAGAAAGGACUCCAUGAUGAGCUGUUUUCAUCUGUUUAAAGCUAUAUUUUAAUAAUUUAUUAUAAGCUUUAGAAAACCGAUACCCAGCAACAAAAUCAUUUGUACUUAUGCAGAAGUCAUUUGUUCUUUGACUUGUAACUUCAAAAGUGAUAAUGAUAUAAUUUAGGCACAGCUGUUGAUGGGGGGGCAGCAGCAACUGAAUGAGAUUUCUUAAAUAAUCCAAAGCAGAAAUUGCGGCCAUUGCAUGUGGGGUUAUGAGUGUGCUGAAUUUACUUGCUAUUUAACAAUCUCAGCCUCUUAUGUGUUACUGUAAUUUGUUCUCCCAAAGAAAUCUCAGCUGUAUCUGUGCUGUUUUCAGCAGAAACUCAGUAUAUGUCUCUGAUUUGGGAACCAAAGCUAAUUUUUUAAAGGUGGAUUAGGGUGCAAAAAAGCUCUUAAUAUUUCAUUCAAUUUUGUUCCCAGCACCGGAAGGAUUAAUCUUUAUCAGGGAGUGUUGUGUAACUUUAGUAUAAAGCCUCUCAGGAAAAACGGAAUUGGUUGCACAAUUUUUUAUUUCUUCCCGUUUGUUUCUUUUUUUGGCCUCAUGAAGUUGGGGGUUUUGAGGACCCGACAAAGGUCAAUUCUGCAGCAAAUUCUGAGAACUUCUCUACUAUUUUUUUCAACAUUUUUUAUCUGGUCAUUGUGAACACGCAUGUGCAACUUGUGUUUGUGUGCUCUGUCAAUGACUUCAAUAGGUGAAAUCUAUAAAUAUAUGAGCAACCUCUAUAGAGACACCAAUGUGCCAUGCUGCUGCAUUAUUUUCAAAGCCCCCUUCUUUUUUCUUUUUCUUUUUUUUUGCUGUCUUGUGUUGCAAAGGGAGAUUUUCAUCUACCUUUUUAAGUUUGUUUUAGGUUAUUGUAGUACAAAAUAGGGUGUGAAUGUUAUUUUAUUUUUUUUUAUUUUUUGGGGGGGUCUUCAAAGAGUUGGGAUGCACAAAACCAAAUGCUCAGUUUCUUCAAAAAUGCUUUUUGUUACUUUUUCAAGGUGGUGUUCCACAAAUGUUCUUUGUUGUGAACUCUUUAAUGUUUGAUUAAACCUCAGCAACAGGAGCAACACUAAGGCCCAUUUUUGCUAAAACGGCCUACUAUUACUGCAGGACAUCAAUGCGUUGUUUUUUAUGGAUGCAUGUUUGUCAUUUAAAUUUCUGGAAAUACAAAUACAGUUAAUUCCUCAUUGUUCUGGUGGAAACCACCUUGGGGAAAAAACUAUUUUGAAUAUAUGCUGAGCUUGAUCGUUCUGAGACCUUGUUCCUUUUUUCUUUUUUUGGUAUUUUCAUAGAACGUUCUGAACCCUCGCUGCAUGAGAAUGCUUGGGCUACACUCACUUUGAAGGACCAAAAGUUGUGGUGGCCUUGUUUUCUUAUGCUUUUUUUUUACACCCAGGGAGGUCAAAAAGAUUACAACUAAAGUGAAAACUCAGGGGACAGUUUUUAUCUGAGAUGAUAAAAAUAUUACAAAGUUGAUUUUAGUGGUUAUGUACUAAAGGAAAGCGAUUUCGCCUCUGUACAGAUGUUUUGAUAAUUGGAUAUGCUCAACUUAUGUCAACUCCAAGUAUUGUAUAAGCGAAAGCAACUUUGUGGAUUUUUUUCACAUGACAGCUUUGUAUAUGUUCUCAGAAGAAAGCUAAAAUAAAAAUUUUAUCAUUCCCAGAAA